CCAUCUAGGAACACGAUGCUCAAGUUCCUUUUGCUCGCUUCAUCUGCCGUUUCUAUGGCCCUUGGGGGGCACAUUGCUCUCUCGGGGGGCCAUGAAGGGGGCUACAGCGACCGGUACGAGUUGGCUCAACAACAAGACACACACGGAUCGCAUGGGGAAUACGCCGAUGUCUAUCCAGUUGAAACCUCCAACCAUUACGAAAAGGAGAUCUACGCUCCGCAACCGUACAAAUUCGGAUACGAAAUUCUCGAUGAGUACGGCAACAAACAAUCUCGUCACGAGGUCUCUGACGAGCACAACGUGAAGAAGGGCUCCUAUUCAUUCACCGAUGCCCACGGAAUUUCCCGGCGAGUGGAUUAUGUAGCGGACGCUCACGGUUUCCGCGCCACGAUCCACACCAAUGAGCCCGGCACGGCACCCUCGAGCCCCGCGGGGGCACAGUACAUAUCUGAUCAGAGCUCGGUGGCCUCCUAUGGAUAUCACUGA